AUGAAAUUUAACGUGCUGAGUCUUCUUUUCCUGCUGCUGACCCUGAGCGGCAGCUGGGCAGCGCCUGUGGAGCCGCUGAGUCUGCUGGAUGUGGACUUGGAUGUGGAGCAGCAGCCGUUGCCGGAGGCGGAGAGCGUGCGUGUGGCACGCGGCCUGGGACUGGGCGGCUUUGGCGGCGGCCUGGGCGGCAAGUUUGGCGGCUUCGGUGGCUUGGGACUGGGCCAUGGCUUUGGCGGACACGGCUUUGGUGGCGGUUUUGGCGGACAUGGCUUUGGAGGCGGCCUGGGCGGCUUCAAGGGACUCUUCAACAAAAAUUUCUAA